AGCCCAUUUUUGCCGAGCUCAGCCCUUUGGCCGCCGGCUAAUAAGUUGCGCGGCGCGUGCAGCCGUCGGCAAAUCUCAUUGAGGCGCCAUGUCGAUGCAGAGCGGCAGCUUCAGAUUCUUGAACCUCAUCAAGCCGGUGAUGUGCGUCCUGCCGGAAGUCGAGGCCCCCGACCGCCGCAUUCCUUUCAAGGAGAAGAUUUUGUGGACCUCCAUCUCCCUCUUCGUCUUCCUAGUGUGCUGCCAGAUCCCCCUCUACGGCGUGCUGACUUCGAAGAGCUCGGAUCCCUUCUACUGGAUGCGCGUGAUCUUGGCGUCCAACCGGGGCACCCUCAUGGAGCUGGGUAUCUCCCCCAUCAUCACCUCCGGCAUGGUGAUGCAGCUGCUGGCGGGCAGCAGGAUCAUUGAUGUGGACCAGACCUUGAAGGAGGACCGAGCGCUCUUCCACGGCGCGCAGAAGCUGUUCGGCAUGCUCAUCACCAUGGGCGAGGCCGUGGCCUACGUCAUGAGCGGCAUGUACGGCAGCCUCCGCGAGAUCGGUGCCACUUGCGCCAUCCUGCUCAUCAUCCAGCUCUUCUUCGCCGGAGUGGUGGUGAUCCUCUUGGACGAGCUGAUGCAGAAGGGCUACGGCAUCGGCUCGGGCAUCUCCCUCUUUAUCGCCACCAACAUCUGCGAGAGCAUCAUUUGGAAGGCCUUCUCUCCGACCACCAUGAACACCGGCAAAGGCACAGAGUUCGAGGGCGCCAUCGUGGCUACCUUCCACUUCAUGGCCUCCAGGAGCGACAAGCUGAUGGCCCUGAAAGAGGCCUUCUACCGCCAAAGCGCCCCCAACCUCACGAACCUCUUUGCCACGGUCUUGGUCUUCUUCGUGGUGAUCUACUUCCAAGGCUUCAAGGUGGACCUCCCCGUGAAGUACCAGAAGGUGCGCGGGCAGCAGGGCUCGUACCCUAUCAAGCUCUUCUACACCUCCAACAUCCCGAUCAUUCUGCAGACCGCCCUGGUGUCGAACCUCUACUUCCUGUCCCAGCUGCUCUACAGGCGCUUCAAGUCCAACAUGCUGGUGAACCUCCUGGGCCAGUGGCAGGAGGCGGACUUCGGCGGGACCUCCAUCCCUGUGGGUGGCUUUGCCUACUACAUCUCCCCGCCCAAUAGCGUCUCCAACAUCUGGGAGGAUCCUCUUCAUGCGCUGAUCUAUGUCUCCUUCGUGCUGAUCUCCUGUGCGCUCUUCUCCAAGUUCUGGAUCGAGGUGUCCGGUUCCUCCCCGCGGGACGUGGCCAAGCAGCUGCGGGACAACUCUAUGGUCUUCAAGGGUCACCGAGAGGAGUCCCUGUUGAAGGUGCUGGACAUGUACAUCCCCACUGCCGCGGCCUUCGGCGGUAUGUGCAUCGGCAUGCUGACCAUCAUGGCCGACUUUCUGGGCGCCAUCGGUAGCGGCACAGGUAUCCUGCUGGCGGUGACCAUCAUUUACCAGUACUUCGAGAUGUUCUACAAGGAGAAAGAGCAGGGCAACAUGCUCUUCUGAUCGUGCGAGCCCGGAAAUCCUAGAGAAUUGGAUGCUUGGAAAGAAUGGGUUUUAACCGAAAAUAUGAC